AUGUCAGAUAAUCAAAAUAAUGAAAUAUUAGAAGAAAUAAUAGACGAAGAGGAAGAGAAGGGUGAAAUAGGUCAAUGUUUUGGAGAAGUUAUACCAAAACGUGAUUAUCUUCUUGAUUGGACAAAGAAACUUAGACAUAAAAGGACACCUGAAGAAAUAAUACGAUAUAAAUUAUCUGUAGCAAAAAAUUAUGAAGAAUGGACUAAAUUAGCAAAGGAAUUAGAUGUCCUUUUAGGUAAUGAUGAAUGGAAAUCGAAUCCUAUCUCUCCUUAUUAUGAUUAUAACUUGAUUCAAUAUAAGUUAGAUAAUUUUAGACAAGUUAGAGAAAACAAUGAUGUUCUUUCCAUGAUUUAUAUGUUGAGAUCAGGUCUUUUGCGUAAUCUUGGGGGUUUAAAUGAUCCUAGAUUAUUCAGUCAAUCUUAUUUGGGGACAAAAAAGUUGAUUGAAGAUUAUACACAAGAAGUUAUAACUCAACUGGAAUAUAUUGGCGAACAAGAUUUUUCCGAAAUUCCUAAACUUUCCAAAAUGGAAUUCUUUAAUGAUACUCGCCAAAGUUUUGGUAAUUCUGCUUUGGUACUUUAUGGAGGGACUUCUUUUGGGUUAUAUCAUCUUGGAGUUGUGAAAGCACUUAAUCAAAAUGGAUUAUUACCAAGAAUUAUUAGUGGAACAGCCAUUGGUGCUCUAAUAGCUGCUUUAGUGUGCAUUAGAACUGAUGAAGAGUUACCGCGCAUUUUUGAACCUGGUGGUAUCAAUUUAGGUGCUUUCGGCAAAGUAGGAAGUGAAGGCAAUAUUCGUAGAAAAAUUAGUCGUUACUUGAUGGACAUUAAAGUUUUAGAAGAAUGUGUUCUAAGUAAUGUUGGUGAUUUAACUUUUGAAGAAGCUUAUGCGAAAACGAAAAGAAUUCUUAACAUCACUGUUUCGCCUACCAGAAAAUUUGAAAUUCCACAAUUACUUAAUUAUCUUACUGCUCCAAAUGUUGUAAGUAAUCCAUCUUUUUGUGGUAAAUUCCGUGCCGCAUGUGCCUCGGUUGCUAUUAUGGGUCUUUAUGAUAGUUAUGAUCUGAUGGCAAAAGACAAGACUGGAAAAAUUGUUCCUUGGGCACCAUCGGAAAUAAAAUGGAAAAAAUGGACUGAUGCGGUUCCCACUGAAAGCGAGUCUCCAUUAACAAGAAUUACCGAAUUAUUCAAUGUAAAUCAUUUUAUUGUGUCACAAGCGAAUGCUGCUGUUGUUCCAUUCUUAUCUAGAGAGCAAACAACGAGAGCGUCGAUUUUGGUUAAAUGUGGACACUUUAUUUCAACUGAAUAUCGACAUAGAAUAGCACAGCUUGAACAAAUGCGACUUCUUCCAAGAAUGUUCCGUGAACAAUCUACGUGGCCUUUAUUGGCAUUAAUACGAAAUCGAUGUCUAAUUGAAUUGGCACUUGAUAGAAUUUAUUUGAAGUUGAAAUCGUCGCCUCCAGCUGAACGAAGUUAUCCUUUAUAUCCCACAGCUAAAGAUAAAAACAAUGGAAGAAAGCGUACCAAAUCUGUUCAUUGA